UCUGAGGUUACUGAGAUCCAACUGGCAGCGGGUGCUACCAACUGCACAAACCUGAACGGCGUCCACGAGUCGAGCGGGGCUAUGGGACUUAGAUGAGAAGGCGAGCAGCGAGCCUUGUUUCCUAUCACUUUAAGCAUUGUCUGGCCGCAGGCUAUGGCCACCGCAAAUGACAUGGUGGCAGACAUGAUGUCCAUCGCCGGAAACAUUGAAGCCACUCCGGCGAAGUUUCACAAUCUUAGAUUCCGGCCCUCAAGCGAAGAGGCCGCCCGGCUUCAUGAGCUCGCUGCCGAAAUCCUCACGCCGGCGCAAACUCUCCAGGAAACAAACGCUCACAGAAUGCGCAACAGGAUAGGCACCCGAGGUCUAUCAGAAGUCAAAUGAGCACAACUUUGUCACGCGAAGCUGCAUUCGAAUACGCAC